GGAGGUCCGGGAAAGUUUCUUUGGAGGUGAAAACAGCCGCGGAACUCCGGGCCCUGAGAGGGGGCGGGGGUGCAGGGGUCCCAGGGCCGGGCCGGGGUCUUUCCUGGCCCGGGGGAAACCGGCCCAGGCCUCCCGGGGGGGGCAGUCGCCCAACAAAGGAUUCUUGGGGCGCCCGCCCUCGAGGACUUCCCCGCCCCCGGAUCCGGCCCCCCCAGCGCUCCGGGCCCGGCAUCCCGGGGCUCUCCAUCGCGGGGUACCCCAGUUCGCGGUCUGCCAUCGGGCAGCCCGGGCGCUACUCACCUCCGCCCGCGUCCGUGUUCCAGGUCCGGCCCGGAGCGGCCAUGUCCCACGGCCCCAAGCAGCCCGGCGCGGCCGCCGCGCCGGCGGGCGGCAAGGCUCCGGGCCAGCAUGGGGGCUUCGUGAUGACUGUCAAGCAAGAGCGCGGCGAGGGUCCACGCGCGGGCGAGAAGGGGUCCCACGAGGAGGAGCCGGUGAAGAAACGCGGCUGGCCCAAGGGCAAGAAGCGGAAGAAGAUUCUGCCGAAUGGGCCCAAGGCACCGGUCACGGGCUACGUGCGCUUCCUGAACGAGCGGCGCGAGCAGAUCCGCACGCGCCACCCGGAUCUGCCCUUUCCCGAGAUCACCAAGAUGCUGGGCGCCGAGUGGAGCAAGCUGCAGCCAACGGAAAAGCAGCGGUACCUGGAUGAGGCCGAGAGAGAGAAGCAGCAGUACAUGAAGGAGCUGCGGGCGUACCAGCAGUCUGAAGCCUAUAAGAUGUGCACGGAGAAGAUCCAGGAGAAGAAGAUCAAGAAAGACUCGAGCUCUGGGCUCAUGAACACUCUCCUGAAUGGACACAAGGGUGGGGACUGCGAUGGCUUCUCCACCUUCGAUGUUCCCAUCUUCACUGAAGAGUUCUUGGACCAAAACAAAGCGCGUGAGGCGGAGCUUCGGCGCUUGCGGAAGAUGAAUGUGGCCUUCGAGGAGCAGAACGCGGUACUGCAGAGGCACACGCAGAGCAUGAGCAGCGCGCGCGAGCGUCUGGAGCAGGAGCUGGCGCUGGAGGAGCGGAGGACGCUGGCGCUGCAGCAGCAGCUCCAGGCCGUGCGCCAGGCGCUCACCGCCAGCUUCGCCUCACUGCCGGUGCCGGGCACGGGCGAAACGCCCACGCUGGGCACUCUGGACUUCUACAUGGCCCGGCUUCACGGAGCCAUCGAGCGCGACCCCGCCCAGCACGAGAAGCUCAUCGUCCGCAUCAAGGAAAUCCUGGCCCAGGUCGCCAGCGAGCACCUGUGAGGAGUGGGCGGGCCCACGAUGCAGAGGAGAAGCUGUGGGCGCGGCCCUGCCACACCCCACACCGUGGACGAGAGGCUGGGGGUCCACCCUUUGGGGCCUGGUCCCAUCCUGCACCUUGGGGGCUCCAGCCCCCCUAAAAUUAAAUUUCUGCAGCAGCCCUUUAGCUUUCAAUCUCCCCAGCCCCCUGAGCCCAGAAAAAGCACUCGCUGCGCGAUACACCCGGAAGAACCUCACAGCCGAGAGUGCCCCUCCUCGGAGGACAGCCACGCGCUACACUGGCUCUCCGGGCCACCCCCAGGACACAGGGCAGACGAAACCCACCCCCAGCACACGGCAGGACCCCCCAAAUUACUCACUACGGGGGGCUGUGCCAUAGGCCACACAGGAAGCUGCCUUGUGGGGACUUACCUGGGGUGUCGCCCGCAUGCCUGUACCCCAGAUGGGUGGGGGCCGGCUUUGCCCAUCCUGCUCUCCUCCAGCCGAGGGACCCUGGUGGGGGUGGCUCCUUCUCACUGCUGGAUCCGGACUUUUUAAAUAAAAACAAGUAAAAUUUGUGUUUUAA